ACGUGUUUCUCCAAAAGGCGCGCUUGUGCACUCCUUCUUUUCAGCCUCCAUAGCUCUCUACCACCGCUGCCGAUUUAAGUUUGUUCUGUGAUGUUAGAAAAUCUUUCCAUUUCCCAACCAUUUCCAACCGGUCUGUUGUUUUUAUUACUCCGGUCAAGUUGUGAACAGCUGUUCUUUAAAGACCUACAUCCAGUACCUGAUUAGACGGGCCAGUAUCGAACCGUGGAGGAAGCCGGUUCCGCAAGUGUCAACUUCUUUAGCGGAAUGUAAACAAAGUUGUUAAGUGGUUCGUGAAUCGAUUCCUCUGCAUCUGUGCGUCCGAAUGUGCCUCCAUAGUGUCUCGAGACUAUCGCAGUGACUCCGCCUAGCGGAAACUUGGUGACUAAGGCGCGAUCCGCCGGCCGAGUCAAGUGCCCGUGUUUGUGUAUUAUGGGUUCUGAUUACUGUUAUUAUCGUUUCAAUUAGAUCAAUUUGCGCCAACUUCUGUUGCAUUGUUGGGAGGACGGCUGAGCAGUUGUUGCUGUUUAGCGCUGGCCGGCAUGAGUGAGUGAGUGUUUGCUCUCUAUCUUUAGACUCGAUAGGGGGGCUAGCCCAGCGAAGCAUUGUGCGCGGUUGCUGCUGACUUGUGAUGCAUAAUUGGAAAAUUGGUGUUUAUGGUACAAGUAUGUUUACCUAAAAACCAUACAAGCACAAACAUACGAACCCAACGGCGCAGCCUGCGCAGUGUGAGAAAAUCUCAACAAUUCGGUAUCUUGAGGUUGCUGCUAACCGGCCCUUCAGCCUAGAGUUCGCAGUGUCUAGCCAAGGUGAAACUUGGCCAUUUGUGGUUCACUAAUAGUAAUAGUAGUAAUAAGAGCAAACAAUAUAAAAGCGGCAACCAAUCAAUGUGAAGUGUUUCAGAAUUUUUUCUGGUGGCGAACUUGGAAUCGACGCAUGCCGGAUGGGGAAAGCUUGUACUUAGUAUCGGUUUUGUGCACCCAUGCUGAACCUUGGUCUGAACUACUUUAUUGUUAUGACGGCGGCGAAGGCAGCGCUGGUUUCCGGUGUCUAUCGUGAGAUAUAUUUCUAUAGGGCGAAACAAGAGCUUCACCUGUAACCCUUCGCCCGAGGAAUAGGCGGUUGGUUUCGAGCCGACCAUUGAAGGAGUUGGCGAAGUCAAUUACUAGAGAGGCAGCUGGGUGUUUUAAAACGUUGCCUGGAGUAUAUAAUAUAGUGAGUGGAUGCUCACAGAGGAGGAAUUAUCAUAAAUGUGCCUAAAACUAACAAUCACGUGUCUUUAGACACAGUUAAAAACGGCUCAAUCAAGCCAAGGAGGACUUUCUUAACUUUAGUAUUAUCAGUUCAUGCGUUUCUUGAAUCAACACUUUAAGAAUACAGUGCUCUGUGGGAAAAUAUCAAUAAGCAAGUGCAGGUGUAGAAUAGACUAUUGAUAAUGAAGUGAACAUGAUAUAACAAACUACUAAACAAACACUUUUCUUACCCCUUUGCAAUUAUUUUAUUAUGUAAAUUAAAUUAAAUAACUAUCCAUUAGGGCCAGUAUUAAAAUAGUAAGUUAAUACCAGUAGUAAUUUUACGCCUAGCUCAAGUGAUAGAUUGUCAACAGCUGCUUCCAUAUAUACAUCUGCAGAUAAAUAUUGGCUCAUACUCGGUCCAACAAACCAAUCGUGAUCCAGCAAACAAAACCUUCCCAACAACUCCAGCGUGGGCUCGGUCAGAUAAGUGCGAAAACCGUUAAUAAUUAAUAAAACCCUAAUGAGACGCAUUUGGUCAGUUAAGUGGCGAAAAGACGUGAAAGCAAAAGUGACACUUCGGUCCGUUGGCUACCGAACUAGCUGCUACUGGUACAGAGUGUACGUGUUUGUGUGUAAUGUCUACAGAAAUAAACCAACGACAGUUUACCAAGUCACGAUUAUCACGUGCUGAUGUGGAAAAGUGACUACCCGCUUUAGCAGAAUUUAAAUGGAGUAAUUAAUGCACGCGGAUGAAGAAGGAAAAAAAUGCAUUAAAUCUUAAUGCCGUGGACACAGUAACCAACUAGGUGUAGUUAGUCCACCUCUUUAUUUACCACCACCCUGCUGCGUCCCCGAUCGGAAAAGGGGUUAUUAGAGAAGUUUAGAAUUUCCAAGUGCAAGUGCAAGAGAACGGAAGAGUUACUACGGCCAGUUGAAUCGAGGUACCCCCAGAAGAACUAGGGCUUGGCCUUCUGGAUUAUGCUGUUUCGCUGCCCGUGUGCCUGCUGACAACGAGUUGCCUUGAAUGGUGUGACUUGUAGAGUUCUAGUUUCUAAUGAAGCUGGCGCGACUAGAUUAGUAGUGAUUGUGUGUCGUGUGGCGUUCUAUUCGGUGUCGUGCCCCGUAAGAAUCUCGGCAUGGAGGUUUGCCGCUGAUAAGUGACUGGUUGGUUACUGUUACUUACCUUGUUACUAUUGCCGAUCGCGGAGCUGCCGGUGGUGCGGUAGCAGUUAGUGGAGAACGUACUAUUGGUCAGCGACAGUCGCUUAGCUGCUACCCCGCCGAGACGUCCUUUCAGCCCACGGAGGUGACGGAUUAUCAUUUUUAUACGGUGUACUGGAAUUUUAAUGGUUUACAUGAAUGGACUCGGCAAUGACCCUCUGUCUGCGAAGGAGGCAGAGGGCCCUCCAGUCCAGCUGGAACCAGUUGAUCUCAGCGUUCGUCCACCGCCAAAAGAUACAGCAGCAGCAAGAUCCGCCACCGCUCUUCGUGUCCGCAGCGGGAUCCUGAAACGACCACCACCGCCACUUAUCUCAGCACCGCACCUGUUAGCGUUAAGGCACAAAACGAAAGACUUAUUCUUGUCCAUCAAUAACGAUGCCAGUAAACCCCACUCGCCAUUCACUGCCAGUCACCUGUUCUCGUCCCUUUGCGGAAAUACCAUCAUCAACAAUAAUAACAACGAGAAAGAUGCCUUCAACACCAACAACAACAACAACACUAGCAUUAACAACAAUAACAAUUACCUUAGCGAUGAUUCGAAAACAAGUACCUUACGUGAAACGUAUCCUAUGUACAACUAUUGUGUUCAACAGAGUCCUACGCAACUGUUUCCACCGUUCGUCGCCGGUGCCUUUAGCCAUCACACGCAUCCCCACCAUCCUCACGCGUUGUCCCCACAGGACAUUGGCCGCCAUACACCACCACACACUUUCCUGGAUCUCCAACAGCAGCAACAGGUGGGAUCGGCCCAGCCAUCUGCUCUGAAACCUGUGCCAGUACUAAGUUCCAAGCUGAUGCCACCGAUUCCUUUGGCCGCAUCGAUAGCAAUCGCGUCCAGUCUACCCAAGAACCACCCGCUUAGCGAAUCGGCCACUGCAGCCGCAGCAUUCCAUCGGUUGCUGCAGCCUUCCUCCUCGGCCUCCGGGAUAGUGGCCAGUACGGCAGCAGCAGUCGCAGCAAGUCGAGCUCUUCUGGAAGCUCGGCACCAUAGUAGCACCAGCAGUAGUAGUCCAGACCGGCACAAAGCGGAUCGGAUCGACUAUUCUCUCUCGCCACGUCUGCCGCCGGAUAUCGGUGGACCGGGAGGAGGUGAUGGCGGUAAAAGUAUGGUCACCAAGAAUCGAAAAAUCCAUCGAUGCGACGCAAGUGGAUGCGAUAAGGUGUACACCAAAAGUUCCCACCUGAAGGCACACAAGCGGACACACACAGGUGAAAAGCCAUACAUCUGCACCUGGGAGGGCUGUGUGUGGCGAUUUGCCCGGUCAGAUGAGUUGACGCGACACUACCGGAAGCACACCGGUCUUAAGCCCUUCCGCUGCAAACUGUGUACACGUUCCUUCAGCCGCUCCGAUCACCUGUCACUGCACAUGAAACGACACUGAGUGCUGCCACUGUGCAAUCAUUCGAUACUCCACGACGCAAUAUACUCCACCAGCGAACGAGCUGAUAGUUUUUAAGCAAAACAAACCCUCGAAUCUCAUUUCUUUGUAAUUUGUUUCUCUUGUAAGUAUAGUUUAGGCUGAAAUUUUCUUUAAGUUUCUUUCGGCCUCUGUAGCCUGUAGUACAAUCAGUUUUUCGAUGUUUGACAUCUUCAUGUUAAAAGGAAAAUUAGAACGGUCUGGUGAUGUGUUCUAGAUGAUGGAAUAGAACGCUGUGAUUUUGGGCCACGUUUUUUACGCGGCUAUAUAGUGUGAGAAUUUUAACGUUACUAUUCUACUUCAAAACUCAAAGCAAGAGAACUGCGGAAAGAAAAAGUAGGCCUCCAACUUUUAUGGCACCACGUCCAAUGUUAAUUGUUCGACUGGAUUUGUUUUUGAGUAUCUGUAGCUCUCUUACUAUACUCUAGAACAGUAAUUCUCAACGUGGGAUCCGCGGACCCCUAGGGGGCCGCGAAGUCGUUGCUGGGGGUCCGCGAAGAUAAAGAUAUUUUCUGAGUGCAUAUUGAAAUUUCAGGUCUUGCUUCCUAGCAAACUGAAAAUAACAUUUUGAUAGCAUACAAAAUCGAUGUUUAUCAGUGGGGGUCCGCGGCAACCCAGUGUGAUUUCUAAGGGGUCCGUGGUAUGAACAAGGUUGAGAACCACUCGAGAAUAUAUGUUUCAUAAAUGGGUUGUCCUCUUCAGAUAGGUUCCUCCUACAAUGUCCCGUGGAAUCGAACCAAGGGUAACCCAAUUGUUCACUAAAAUAACUUGAAAUAGAUUUUAGAGUUCAAUUCAGAUAACGCGCGUAUUCUACAGUAUGUAAAAAAAAUUAUCCAAACCCAUCACAAAAUCCGUAUUUGUUCAAUAUUUAUGACAAAAUAAUUUUUUUUUAUUGAUUAGACUUCCGGUUCCGGAGUUACGGGAUGAAGAGUGCGGCCACACAGCAAAU